CCUGCACCCCGAGAUCCCGGCUUCCACGCUGAGGUCCCCUGCUCAUGCCCCAGCGGUUCCCUGUUUGCACUCUGAGGUUCCCCGCUUGCACCCCGCAGGCUCCCGCUUGCACCCCGAGAUCCUUGCGUGCACCCCAAGGUCCCCUGCUUGCACCCCAAGAUCCCUGCUUGCACCCUGACGUUCCCCUGCUUAUGCCCAACGGCUCGGUGUUUGCAUGCUGAGGUCCCCCGCUUGCACCCCAAGACCCCCGCUUGCACCCCACAGUCCCCUGCUUGCACCCUACAGUCCCCUGCUUGCACCCCACAGUGUCCUGCUUGCACCCCAAGACCCCCGCUUGCACCCUGGGGUCCCUGCCUGCCGCCGAGCCUGAGCAGCUCUGCAGCAGCCGCCGGCGGCAGGUCCCUGUGCCCGGCAGAGGAAGGCUACAGCUGGGGCUCGGCGGCCACCGGCACCGCCAUGGAGUUCUCCGAGCUGAUCAAGACGGCGACGGUGGAGAGCGUGCUGCUGUCGUGCGCGGGGCUGCCGGCGGUGAAGGGCACCCUGUGCAUCACCAGCCACCACCUGCUCCUCUCCUCCUGCCCCGGGGGGGACGCCCAGCCCGGCACCGUGGAGCUCUGGCUGCUCAUCCGCAACGUGGAUGCCGUGGAGAAGAGAGUGCAGAAUUUCAGCUGGUACCAGCCCCCCCGGACUAACGGCUCCCCACGAGACACCAGGCUCGCUGGCUCCUCUGGCACCAUCACCCUCCGGUGCAAAGACCUGAAGGUGCUGCAGCUGGAGAUCCCAGGCAUGGAGGAGUGUCUCAACAUCGCCAGCUCCAUCGAGGCCCUCUCCUCGGUGGACUCUGUGAUGAUGAUGUACCCGUUCUUCUACAGACCCCAGAGCCUGAAGCUCGAGGAAGGAUGGCACCUUUUCCCUCUCGAGCAGUACUUCCAACAGAUCGCCUCCCAGUCGAGCCAGUGGCGGCUGAGCGAGGUGAACCGGGAUUUCACCACCUGCCCCACGUACCCUCCCGCCGUCAUCGUGCCGGCGGCGGUGGACGAUGACACCCUGCGGAAGGCUGCCCGUUUCCGGCAGGGUGGGCGAUUCCCUGUCCUCAGUUAUUACCACCCCAAGAACGGCACCGUGAUGCUCCGCAGCAGCCAGCCGCUGACAGGCCCCAACCGAAAGCGCUGCCGCGAGGAUGAGAUCCUGCUAGGGACAGUUCUGGAUGAGGGGGAACGGGGCUUUAUCAUCGACACGCGGUCGGCCCAGGCGGCAAAGCAGGCUCGGAUGACCGGGGGGGGCACAGAGCCCAAGUCCUCCUACCCACGGUGGAGGAGGCUGCACCGGCCCCUGGAGAGCAAGGUGAUCCUGGCCCCGUCCUGCCGCACGCUGGCAGGCUUCCAGGGGCUGCUGGAGCGGGAGUGGAUCGAGGCUGGCCAUCCCUUCCACCUCCGCUGCGCCCGCUCUGCCUACUCCCACGCCCGGCUGAAGCAGGAGGCGCCGCUUUUCCUCCUCUUCCUCGACUGCGUGUGGCAGCUGAGCCGCCAGUUCCCCUUCUCCCUGGAGUUCAGCGAGUGCCUCCUCCUCGCCCUCUUCGACAACGCCUACGCCUCUGACUAUGGCACCUUCCUCUGCAACAACGAGAAGGAGAGGUGCCUGUGUAAAGUGAAGGAGAGCACGCACUCCCUCUGGGCCUGCCUGAACCAGCCUGGGGAGAAGAAGAAGUACCUGAACCCUCUCUACUCACUCAACACCCUCGUCAUCUGGCCCUCCGUCGAGCCCCAGAGCAUCCAGCUCUGGCAGGGUUUAUUCUUCCGAUGGAUCCGUUCGUCCCAGCACCUGGACGAGGCCUGGGCAGAGAUCCAGCGGUUAGUAGAUGACAGUGACCCCCUGGUCAAGGAGAGCGCAGGGAACAGGCUGAGCCAGUCCCUCUCUGACCCCGCUGCCCGGACGGAGAACGAAAGAUGAACAGCAGCAUGGGCAAUCCGGCCCCCAUGGGCUGCCGGGCCGAGGUGAUGCUGCAGCUUUCCCGGGGAAGCGCUGUGCGGGACACAGGCCCCGUGGAGCCCGGAGGACAGCACUGGGAGGCGGGGGACACACAGGCUCCCUUUUGCAGCCUCUGGGCUGCACAGACUGAGCUUGUUUCAGUAAAGUGCUCUCUCUCUUGCAGCUCAUGCCUGCUUUUCCGCUCUUACGUAGGGGCAGGAGUUCUCUUCCCCCG